UCUCAGCAGCGCCCGGCCCUUCCUCGGUGCCCCGUGGGGAGGCGAGUGUCCCCUGGGCGGGGGCUCGCCGGGGCCCUGCCGGGCAGGAGCAGGGGGAAGGCAGCGGGAAGGCCCCAGAGCCCAGCGUCGUGUUGUAACCGAGGGGCGCCGAGGCGGGUGAGCGGCAGCGGUGAAUUCUUGUAGAAGAUUGAUAGCUUUAACAACACUUCUUCACAAUAGAAGAUGGGUGGAUUAAUUUCAAGAUGGAGGCAGGCAAAGCCUUCUACUGUAGAAGUAUUAGAAAAAAUUGAUAAGGAAAUACAGACAUUAGAAGAAUUUCGAGAAAAAAAUCAGAGGCUACAGAAACUAUGUGUUGGAAGGCUACUCUUCUACUCUUCGGUUCUUUAUCUCAUCACCUUUUUCAUUGUAUAUUUUUGUUGUCUUCCUGAUGAAUGGACAGCAAGGUUUAUUAUGACACUUCCGUUUUUUGCAUUUCCAUUGAUAAUCUGGUUUAUAAGAACACUGCUCAUUUUUUUCUUUUCCAAAAGGACAGAAAGGAAUAAUGAUGCGCUGGAAGAUUUAAAAUCUCAAAAGAAAAAAAUACUUGAGGAAGUGAUGGAGAAGGAAACAUACAAGACUGCUAAAUUAAUUCUUGAAAGGUUUGAUCCAGAAUCAAAUGCAAAGGAAGCUGAACUGCCUUCUGCUGGAACAUCUGCAACCCCAAGACCUGGACAAGAAAUUCGUCAGAGGACCACAGCUCAAAGAAAUGCUUCUACACCCACACCUGCAACUCCUAAACAAGGCUCUCCAAAAUCACUUGUUCCAGUAACAGCAUCUCCUAAUCUGCAGAGGGAUGCAUCCGCUCUGAGUGGGCCACUGGAAAGAACUGCUGUGCCAUCCUUGCAGUCAAACAUUCUACCGAGGCACCCUGGAUCCCCUGCUACUUCAGUGCCUGGAAUGGGUCUUCAUCCUCCAGGCCCUCCUUUAGCAAGACCUAUUCUUCCUCGAGAAAGAGGAAUUGUGGACAGAGUUAUUGAAUAUUUGGUUGGUGAUGGUCCUCAGAACAGGUACGCCCUUAUAUGUCAGCAGUGUUUUUCUCACAAUGGUAUGGCUUUGAAGGAGGAGUUUGAAUACAUAGCAUUUAGGUGUGCCUACUGCUUUUUCCUGAAUCCUGCAAGAAAAACGAGACCUCAGGCUCCAAGACUACCAGAUUUCAGCUUUGAAAAAAAGCAACCUGCAGAACUGCAGUCGGCAACUGAGCAUCCAGAGUCAAGAGAGAGAAAACCGCAGGAGAAUCAGCAGACAGAAGAAUCUGAAGAACCAUCCCAGAGCAUUGAGACAAAUGAGACAGAUGAUAAAGCACUAAGUGCUGAGCAGCUGAAUGAUGGGCUAGCUGAAGAAGUUGAAAAAGAAGUAGCAGAAAAUGUUUCAACAACUGAAGACUAUAUUUCAGAUUCUGCUAUUUCAACCGAACAAAGUGAAGAAUCUUUAGUGAAAGCUGAAUAAAGUACUUCAAGUGCCUUCAGUAGCUAGUUUUUAGCUUUGUUCAUGCCUGUUGUUACUAUUCAGGUGAGCUUUUUUAAAUGGUACAACUUAAAAAUCUCGCUUGAGCUUAAACUGCCUCAACUGCCACAGUAUGUCAAAGCUAUGUGUGAAAGUGAGUAUUGUAAAUUAAGCAUGUGUCUUUAAAUAAGUUAACUCACAGAAUGUAUAGUUGGUUGAAGUCUAACAGUCAUAGCCGUUGCUCAAUUUGCAUAUUUAAAAAUUUAAAAGUAAGUUUUAUUAAAGGUGACCUAAAAUUUGGCCUCUAGCUGUCAAAUGAUGAGCCACAAACUGGCCACAACACAACUGACCUAGUAAGUUUGAUCUAGUGAACUUAAAGAUACUUUUUAAUUCUUCCCUGUUGAAUUGAGUACAUCUUAAAUACAGAUGUUUGCAAGCUGAGGUGUCAUCCGACAUUUGACUUAAGCACAUGGAAAGUGUCAUUACAGUGGUGUUAAUGUUAUUCAUUGUCUAACUUUUUGACAGAAUUAAGUUAGAUGACACUCACAAAAAUUGCAUCUCCUUUGGUAUUUGCAUUGCAGAUGAACCAGAGGCACGUACAUACGGAACUGUUUUGUGUUUACAUAAAAUAUAGAAAGUCUCUGCACUUGAUUGUACUUGAAUACAAAGCACUAUUUAUACCUGUACAAUAAUGACAAGAUAUAAGUGAAUUUUGUGCCUUUGUGUAUUUUGUUAAAGGAAAAUAAAGACAUCUAGCAGCAAGA